AUGGGUUGGGGGGAGCCUGAAGAGCUGGGCUCGGACCCAGUGCCCCCCACGGGCACCGGAUUGGUUUACGACCACAGGGGUCCUGAGGCCCUGGAGGCUGCCUGGGGCCAGCUGGAGGCUCUGGGCCUGGUCCAGCGCUGCUGCCAAGUCCAGUGCCGCCCAGCAACGGAGGAGGAGCUGAAACUGGUGCAGAGCCCCAGGACCCCACCCUGGCCGCAGGCAGAGAGCCCUGGGGGUGGCCUGGGCCCCCCUGACCCCCUGGCCCUGGGGUCCCUGCUGGAGCUGCUGGGGAAGCUGCUGAGAGCGGAGCUGCGAAAUGGCCUGGCCCUGGUGGGCAUCCUGCUGGUGGACUGGGGGCUGCACCCCGACCCUGCCACUGCUGAGCUCUUCCAGGGGGACCCCAGCGUCCUCUACUUUGGGGUGCACCAACGGCAGGGCCCCGCCCGGGCCCCGCCCAGCAGCGGGGCGGGGCUGAGGGUGGAGCUGCUCUGGGAGGAGGCCCGGGGGGGGUCUCGGGGGGUCCCAGCCCUGCGCUGCCCACAGCCAGGUCGCUCUGCUGGGGACUAUGCUGCUGCCUUCUGCCACCUGCUGCUGCCCAUCGCCUUCCAGUUCCAGCCCCAGCUCGUCCUGGUGGCCGCCGGCUUCGACGCUGCCCAGGGGCACCCCGAGGGGCUCUCCCCAGGGGGCUUUGCCCUCCUGACUCACUUCCUGUCGGCGCUGGCUGGGGGCUGCCUGCUGCUGGCCCUGCAGGGGGGGUGGUCGGAGGGGGCCCUGCCUGGGGGGCUUGAGGCUGUCCUGAGGACCCUGCUGGGGGACCCCGGGGAGCCCCCCGGGCCCAUGACCCCCACCCCCAGCGGCCUGGCCUCCAUCGCCCAGGCCCUGGGCACCUACCGGCGGCACUGGAGCUGCCUGCAGAGCGAGGAGCAGGAGGCUGAGGAAGAGGAGGAGCAGGAGGCUGAGCGCAGGGAGGAUGAGGGAAGCUUGGAGGCAGCCCCAGGGCUGGGGGAGGAGGAGGAGGAGGAGGAGGAGGAGGAAGAGCAGGAGGAGGAGUUGCAGGCCUGGCCCCAGCCUGCAGCCCGCACUGGGCUGCUCUACGACCUGAGGAUGGAGGAGCACCAAAACCCCUGGGACAGCCAGCACCCCGAGAGCCCCCAGCGGCUGCGGCGCGUCCUGGAGCGGCUGCAGGAGCUGGGCCUGGCCCAGCGCUGCCUCCGGCUCCCGGCCCGGGCGGCCAGGGCCGAGCAGCUGAGGGCCUGCCACACCCCCGCCCACGUGGCGGCGCUGUCUGCCUGCGGCCGGCUGCGGCCGCGGGAGCUGCGCGCCCUGGCGGCUGCCUACAGCUCCCUGUACCUCUGCCCUGGCUCCUUCCGCGCCGCCAGCCUGGCCCUGGGCACCGCCUGCGCCGCCGCCCGCGCCGUGCUGGCCGGCCAGGUGCGCAAUGCCCUGGCAGUGCUGCGCCCCCCCGGGCACCACGCGGGGCCUGGCUCCGCUGGCGGUUUCUGCCUCUUCAACAACGUGGCUGCCGCCGCCCGCCACGCCCAGCGCCUGCGGGGCGCGGGGCUCAGGGUGCUGAUCCUGGACUGGGACGUUCAUCACGGCAACGGCACCCAGGAGAUCUUCGAGGGAGACCCCAGCGUGCUGUACAUCUCCCUGCACCGCCACGACGGAGUCUUCUUCCCCGGGGGCCCCGGGGGGUCCCCUCGCUCGGUGGGGAGGGGGCUGGGCGCCGGCUUCACCUUCAACGUGGGCUGGGGGGCGCCGCGGGUGGGCGACGCCGAGUACCUGGCCGCCGUCACCCGCCUGGUGCUGCCCGUGGCCUGCCAGUUCGCCCCCCAGCUGGUCCUGGUCUCCGCUGGCUUCGACGCCGGCCGGGGAGAUCCCCUGGGGGGCUGCUUGGUGUCCCCCCAGACCUUCGGAGUCAUCACUCACCUGCUGGGGGCGCUGGCGGGGGGGCGCCUGGUGCUGGUCCUGGAGGGCGGCUACAACCUCGGGGUGCUGGCAGAGGGGGUGGGGGAGUGCCUGGGGGUGCUCUUGGGGGAUCCCCCGAAGCUGCCCCCCCUUGCCGCUGCCCCCCCCCAGCCAGCAGCUCUGAAGGACCUGGAGAGGACCAGGAGGGUGCAGAGCCCCCACUGGGAGUGCCUGAGGCUGCCCCCUGCCGCCCCCCCCGCUGAGCCCCCCCCCGCUGCUGACGUCACCAAGAGCAGCGAUGAGGUCGCAGCGCCCCCAGCCCUGGACGCUGCCAUCGCAGCCCUGGGGCAGCUGCAACUGGAGGAGGAGAAGCCCCUCUCAGGGGGUGGGGCCAGCGCCCUGGAGGGGGCAGAGCCUCUGCCUGACUCCACCCCUGAGGGCGGGGGGGCGCUGUUCGCGGUGGCGCCGCUGCUGGACUGCCCCCACCUGGGCACGGUGACGUCACCGCCGGCCGACGGGAGGGGCUUGGAGCUGGCCCCGCCCUGCGGCACGUGCGGCUCCCGGCGCGAGAAUUGGCUCUGCCUCAGCUGCUACCAGGUGCUGUGUGGGCGCUACGUCGGGGGCCACAUGGUGCAGCACUGGGGCAGCUCUGGGCACCCCCUGGUGCUCAGCCUCCAGGACCUCUCUGCCUGGUGCUACCCCUGCGAGGCCUACGUGCACCACCCCACGCUGCUGCCAGCCAAGCUCCUCCUCCAUCGCCUCAAGUUCGGUGCUGACCCCCCCGCCCCUGCCACCUUCUGACUGCCCCCAGCAGCCCCCC